CUUGCUUUGACUGUGUCCAUCGAAAAGCUCAAGCCUCUACCUCUGUUUUGGAGGUCUGUCAAUCGUAUCUAUUUGCAUAUAAAUGAUGUCUGUCCCGGCAGUAUCUACCUCUGGUGAAAGCGCAACCAUUCCCGGCGGAUACAAUGGCGACACGCCUUCACCAUCUGCGGAGGACGAGAACAUCCCGUUGAACCUGCGGCGUGCGGCACAUCGGAUGCAGUUCCCUCCAUCUUAUGUUGUCGUCGGCUUCUACAGGCUGCUGACAGACCCCCACUUGAGGGUGCCCGCGUGGAAGAAGUGCGAGCACGCCUUCAUGAGGGGUGCUACCGUCGGUCUCGUUUGGGCUACGGGGACCUAUAAGAUACAGAAGUUAUUCGUGGAAUACUUCCUUAUCAAUUCCCCCCGCGUGACGGGACUGUCCCGGGACGCGCUCUUUGGCAUCCCGCUGCCCUUCGACGUCCCAACCUACGCCACCCUCUUCUUCCUCUCGAGCCAAGUGUCGGCCGUCAUCUACUUCUUCCUUUCCCGCAACAUCCGCAUCGCCCGCGAGCGUGCUUACGAGCAGACCAUUCAGUCCCGCGGCAAGGGCGCCGACUGGUGGCAGCCCUAUGUCGAGGAGUGGGACAACCCGCCCCGGGUAGAGCCUUCUAAGUGGAAGCUCUCGUUCUUCAUGGGCGGGCCCGUCGGCCGUAUGGUCGCCAAGGUGCUCUCUGUCCCGCUCAAUUUCAUACCGUUCGCCGGCAUGUUUAUCGCCGCGGCGUUCCGCGCGCUGGGCACAGCGCGCUACCUACACGAGCCUUACUACAAGGCAAAAGGCAUGACCAAGGAACAGAUUGCCGUCUUCAUCGAAGAGCGCAAAUGGGAAUACCGAGUCUUCGGCUUUACCGCCGCUCUCGUAGAGCGCAUCCCCAUCAUCGGGCUGAUAUUCUCAGUCUCCAACCGCAUCGGCGCCGCCAUGUGGGCCCACGAUCUCGAGAAGAGGCAGCACUACGUCGCAACGACAAAAGCCGGCCUCGCCGCGAGAAGUCCUUAUCUGAGCUCACAACCCAAGAUAGAGUAAACCUAAGGAACAUCGCGACAAGUUCUGCAUAUGAGUGCGUUUGUAGUGCGUACUAUAUGCGCUUGCGGUCGUUGCCACAAGCCAUCGACGCGGAGCUGCAAACGCUGUACUUUGAACUGUGUAAUUCAUAUUGUAUCGAGUAGGCUACGCACUUGCUAACGUUCGCCGGAGGAGC